UUGUGGUCUUAGUGAACAGAAACAAACUAAAGUCUCUGUCUCUUGAAUUAUCUUAGUGAACAGAAACAAACAAGUUAUUCAUAAUUCCAUAUGCUUAGAAGUGGUCAUGCUUCCUAAAACUUUUGUGGUGUUUUGGAUUCUGAUGAUUCUUAUCCUAACACCAAAUCAUAAAAUGGAACCAAAAGGAUAUGCACACUCAAUAUUUCACAUACUUUAGACUUGUGUUCUUCUAAGUAGUGUAGUCAGUAGAAGUAGUGCAUAAUGUGGCAAAAUUGCCGGUGCAUCCAUAGCUAGUUUUCUUCUUGUAUCUCCGGCCUUCGGCUUUUAAGUGUCAUGUUUUGGAUGGAUCUAACAUGUGCCAUGUACUUUGUUUCGACUUGAACAGCCAAAAGGUGCUUGGAGCAAGAAAAGAUGGCGCGCCACUUCCUCUGGUAAACAAAACUAUGAUGUACUUAUCAAGGCCACACUCUGGAGAUUUUGCAAGUUAUGAGAGGCUCUAUGGUACUUCAGACUUUAUAUAACUACAACAAAGUACUGUGUACAUUGAAGUUUAUGGAUUGAUGUUUUGUGCAGAGUUCUUCAUACACUGGAUCUCUCCAUAACUAAAAUUUGGAUCUCUCCAUAACUAAGAUAUGUGUUUACUACUAUAUUUUAAUUUUAGAUUAAAGUGCUAAUGACUUAAAACUAUUUUUUUAGUUUCCUAACUUGUCAAUUCUUUAUAAAAUUAUCAGUUGGUUACCUUUUCCUGCUGGUUCUCAGAAGAUUACAGAGAUUAUCAAGAACCGAUAUGAUAAACCGUACAAAAAGUUUGGAGAUGUCCCUCUUCCGACAAAGAAACUUUGGUUUAAGGAGUGGAAGUAACGGUGAGCAGCUCAACGACAGUGGUUCUCUAUGGCACUGUGCUUCUCGACGACGCUGGUCCUCCACGGCAUUGCACUUCUCGACAACGCUGGUCCUCUACAGUGCUAAGCUUCUCAACGAUUCUGGUCCUCUACGGCGCUAUGCUUUUCGACGAAUCUGGUCCUCCAUGGUGUUGCACUUCUCGAUGAUUAUGCUCCUCUACGGCGCUGCACUUCUCGACGACGUUGGUCACAAUCUUUGUUUUCUUCCUCUCUGACAUUUGCUCUCUUUGUUUACUUUCAAGUUUUUGUGUUGUUUUUUCAUUCACUCUUGUUGAUUUCGGCAUGGAUCUAUGGUUUUCACUAUCAAUUUCAGUUAUAAUGUUCCAUUCAUAAUCCAUUACCACACAUGCUUUUAUGUUUUGGUAGUUAGUAUAUUCAGUUAUUGUGUACAUUGUAGUUUCGAUUUGAUAUAUUAUUGCUUCUUAAAUUUAUCUAAAAUUAGAUUUAGGUAAAGAAAUGGACUGAAAUUGAAUAGUGUAAUGUUGUUGUUAUUAUGCCAAUUCAUUCAUAGUAAGGUUGAAGGUAUAAUAUUUUGCAUAGAUUUUGUUCUAUUCUAAUUUAUAUGGGUUGUAUAUUAAGAAAACAUUCAUAUUUAUGAUUUUUAAUA